UGUCCCUUUUCGCUCCCACUAGCAGCGACGAAAGGCCGGUCACAUGAUCAGGUGGGGCUGCUGCAGCUUCUGUUGUCUAGCUGUCAAGAAGAAAAAACUGUCAACAAAAGCAAUUCUCGGAGACAUUUUGGCCUAAAAUUGAAAUAUUUCAUGAAGGGCUUGUUAUGGAGUCGAUUAGAUUUACUUUGAACACCUUGUGACAUGUUGGCCCAAGGAGGAUCAUGCCACCUCACCUCCUGAACAACAGAACAUCCUUCUGUCAUCAUGGCCUCCAGCUACCCACCUCCUUUAGAGGGCACCGGUGAAGUAAAGGAGGGCUUUAUUUGCCCUCUGUGCUUUAAAGACCUUCAGUCAUUCUACCAACUCCAAGGACACUAUGAUGAGCACUCGGGGGACGAUGGUCAUGUUCGAGGACAGCUCAAAAGUUUGGUUCAGAAAGCAAAGAAAGCCAAAGAUAAGCUGCUGAAGAGGGAUGGAGAUGACAGACCGGACACCGGCAGUUAUGAGUCCUUCUACUACGGCGGAGUGGACCCAUAUAUGUGGGAACCUCAGGAACUGGGAGCAAGAAGGAGUCACCUGGAGUUUUUUAAGAAGCACCGAGCAGCCCGGAUAGACCAUUAUGUCAUUGAAGUCAACAAGCUCAUCAUCAGACUGGAAAAGUUGACAGCGUUUGAUAGAACCAGCUCAGACUCUGCUAAAAUCAGAGCCAUUGAGAAAUCUGUAGUGCCCUGGGUGAAUGACUCAGACGUCCCUUUCUGUCCCGACUGUGGAAACAAGUUCAACAUCCGGAACCGGCGCCACCACUGUCGCCUUUGUGGAUCCAUCAUGUGCAGAAGGUGCAUGGAGUUCGUCCCUCUACCUUUGGCUCAGAAGCUCAUUAAUGGGACCCGAGAGGCCCUGUGUGUUCCUGGAAGUCCCAGCCAGACUCAGUAUCAGCCAGCAGGAAUGGGCUCCAGGAGGGGCAGCAUCAGCAGUUUGAGCAGCGUUGCUUCUAUUCUGGAGGAGAAGGACGAUGAGAAGAUCCGCUGCUGUCACCACUGCAUGGACACGCUGCUGAAGAGACAGCAGAAGUUGGAUGAGAAGGAUCACGUUCCAGAUGUAGUGAAACUUUAUGAGAGACUCAGGAUGUGCAUGGAGAAGGUGGAAGAAAAAGCUCCAGAGUAUAUUCGAAUGGCUGAGUCUCUCAAUGCCGGAGAAACCACCUACAAUCUUGACACGGCAGGUGGACUGAGGCUGGAAGUCCAGAAGUACUAUGAACUAAUUGAUGCUCUAAGCAAGAAGAUUUUAACACUAGGAGUUAAAAACAACCCACCGUCGCCCCCGAAAGCACUCCAGCUUCAGAGGAUGAUACGAUACAUGGCAACACUCUUUGUCCAGGAGAAGCUGCUGGGCCUGAUGUCUUUACCCACUAAAGAGAAGUACGAAGAGCUGAAAGACAAGAGGAAGCAAGAGCAAGAAAGGAGGCUCCAGCUAGAGCGACUGCAGGGAGCUCAGGAGUCUCUAAAGAGGAGACAGGAGUCUGAGAAAAACCGUCCACCAGCCAAUGGGGAGCUGCUACAGGCCCCUCGAGAACCACGCAUGACUAAAGCUGGUGGUUGGUUACCUUCUGCAGACUCCGUCCAUGUAGGUAGUGACCUGGAAGACCCCCUCCUCCAGCAGAUUGCAAACAUUGAAUCAUUCCUUAAUCAGGCGCGUGAAGCCCAAAGAGCAGACGAGGUCGCCAUGCUGGAAGAGAACUUACGGCAGCUGCACGAUGAGUAUGACCAGCAACAGACCCGUCUCGCUAUUGAACUUUCUAAGAAGCAGGCUAAGGAGGAGAGCUUACAGCAGGAGGAGCUCCAGCGUCUGGAGGCCCUGGAGAGAGUGCAGUGGGGCUCCAGGUUCAGCACCCAGCUGUCCUCCACCUGUCCAUCUCUGGACAUCAGCCCAGCAGCAGGUUACCAGGGUGAGCAGGACACCACAGGGGUCCUGAUUAGUAAAGCCGAUGGAAGUCCAUCAGCUGUAAGGGCAUGCUCCUCUCUUACAACCCAAGAGGAAUCCCCUCCAAGAUUAAGGAGUUUAGGAGGCCAUGUAACGCCCCCUAGCAGUGAAGGCCAGAGCAACACCUCCCUUAACCCAUUUGAAGAGGAGGACUCUACUCCCAUUGAGGAAGAUCCAUCUAAUCCUUUCUUUGAGGACAUCCAGAGGGAAUGCAAAGGAGUAACCAACGGGAAGAAGGAAAACAACCCAUUUGAUGAAGAUGCAGACACGGUGGAGGACCAGCAGGUUGAGGCUGUACCCACAAACCCUUUUGAGGAGGAUGACACCGACGCCGGUAACCCCUUCAUGGAGGCCUCUGGAAAUUCUCCCGAGGUGUCGACCAACCCCUUUGAUGUGGACGAGGAUGAGGUUUUGCCCGACGUGGACAUGAUUGAGGAGGAACUGCUGCUGCAGCAGAUCAACAACAUUAGAGCUUACAUCUUUGAUGCCAAGCUGAGCGGCCGUCUUGAUGAGGUCGAGCUGUUGUCAAAGAAUCUGAAAGAGCUGCUGCACACUUUACAGGAACAGAAGAAGAAGCACUGAUGCAUUUUAGCCCCCGAUCGCCUGCUACUUAACAAGUCCCAUAAGGCUAAUCACUUUACACAACUAGCAACCCUGCUAAGCAAGGCUAGUCGGGCAGCCUGAUUAAAGGGAUAGUUAUUUGUUUGGGGAGGCUGUGUGGAGUGUUUAUGAGCUGUUGGUGUACUAGCUGCAGUAGAGUUGUUAUAGCACAUUUUCAUUGUGUUGGCCAAACCAAAAUAAUUAAUGCUCAGAAGGAGAAAAGGGUUUUUGCUGUGUACAAUAACAUUAAACUAAAAAAAAUCUCAUUGGUUCAAGCAAAUGUUUACACAGCAGCCCUUUGAUCCAUCUCAGCUUGUGCUUAGAGCAGACUGCUUGUAUUUUACAAACCCCAAUAAAAACAGGAAUCCCUUUAAUCAUGUGAAUAAAUAAGUAUUAGACUUACUAGCUGGAUUUAGUCACCAAACACUUCGGUGUCCAGCUGGAGUCCACCGCUGCACUCGUGCGAAGCUCUGAACAGAUCAUUUGUUCAGGCAUGAAGACAUGCACACAAUAGUAACAGCGGUGCAAAGGUGAACAACAGUCUUUGGUCUCUGAUUGGUCAGAACAUGAUUUAGCUUUCUAAUAAAAGCUGUGAACAAAAUGUUACCAUUGCUGCAGCAUUAAAAUCUAGCCGUUCUAACAGGGUAAAGAACAAAAUGUCUCCUUUUUUCAUCAAAACAAUAUGCCGACUUUAAUUUCAGCAUUUUGGCAUCCCGCUGGUCAGAGGAAAUUAAAAUCAAAGGUCCGUCUUACAGCAAUGAGUCAUUUCAGUGUAGAAUAGUCAUUUUAAGUUUUCUAAUGCUGUUAAUAAGUAAAUGUAAAUAUAAUAGCUGAGAUCAAGUAUUUGCCCAAUAACAGCUGUUAAAAUCUGCCACCGUACAUUUAUUAAUGUUAAACUGAAUCCAGAUGUUGUUCAGUAACAGUAUCCGUGUUUGUAUCCUGAGCUGAUUUUUAUUGCACUUCAUCUCUGACACGAGUCAAAGAAAACUGCAUUUGAGUUUCCACAAAAAGCCGAGUGUGACAAAACUGUUUUCCGUGUUCGUCUGUUCCGGCUGGGAGUUGGUGGCUGGACUCGCGAGGAUCUGCGCUGUCAAAAUCCUGUUUGUGAUGCAUUUUUCUGUUCAGCUCAGUUUGUUUAAGCGGCAAACACUAGGCAGUGGAUACUGUUGUCAGGACACCAGAUGGUUGUAAUUGGGGAGUCAAAUAUGUAAAAAUCCUGAAAUCCUGCUGUGUACAGAAAAGGGACAUACUUGUCCUGAUCAAAUAAACCGUUAGAUCCAAA